GCACUUGAAGCCAGCUGGUAUGGACUGACGGUGUUAUCAGAGUUUUUUUAUUGUGUUAUUGUGUCUCGAAUGUCUCGGUGCAAUGAUAAGAAUUUAACUAGCUCGUUCUCGAGGCAGCAUUUAAACUCAAUUUAGUGUUGUUUGCGUUGGCCGGUUGUGCGGAGCGUUUUGAUAGAAGCAGAAAAAUACAAGCCGCUGAGAGAAUUCAUUAUUCGUCGAUAAUUUUGUUUACGUUUUCAUUUCUCUUUGCUGCUCGAAAUCCACGUCAAGAAUGGACAACACAGACGACACCUUCGUACAUGUGCUAGAAACAAUUCCGGAUAGUAGUCGGGUGUCUCAGCUGAAAGCUCACUUCAUAAGCGCAUUCAACCGAAAUCCGGCUUUUUUUGUGCGUUGCAGUGGAAGAGUCAACAUUAUCGGAGAACAUGUAGAUUACUGCGGCUACCCGGUUCUGCCAAUGGCAAUCGAGCAAACUAUUAUUUUAGCUGUUGCGCCAUCGGAGGAUAAUUUGGUUCAUUUGAAAAAUGUAGAUCCAAAAUACAAGUCUUUUAAAUGCAACAUCAACACGUUCACUAUUGAUUUACCCAACUCAACAGGCCCCGAAUGGUACAAGUACUUCCUAUGCGGUGUGAAAGGUAUCCUUGAAUUUGCAAAACCUUCCCAUCCUAAAGGAAUGAUGGUAGUUCUAUCGGGUAACAUUCCACCGGCAUCUGGUUUAUCAAGCUCAAGCGCGGUCGUGAGCGCCUCCGUUCUUGGAUCAGCUUACAUACAUAACAUUCCGCUGAAUAAGCAGACAUUAGCAACGGUUUCUGCAGAUUGCGAACGAUACAUUGGAACACAAGGAGGCGGAAUGGAUCAAGCUAUCGCCUACCUUGCCAAACAGGGAUGUGCGCAAUUUAUUGAAUGGAACCCAUUGAAAGCAACGCCGAUUAAUCUUCCGGGGAAUGCUGUAUUUGUGAUUGCAAACAGUUUGACAGAGGCCAAUAAAGCAGCUACAUCUGAUUUUAACCAGCGGGUUGUAGAGUGUCGACUAGGUUGCAGAUUUUUAGCAAAGAAAAUGCAGAUAAACUGGCGAGAAAUUUUUCGGUUUGCCGACCUUCAGAAGGUGCUUAACUAUUCUUUGGAAGAAAUGGAAAAUCUUACCAGCAGCUAUCUGACUCAAAUGGCAUAUACAAGAGAAGAGUUGUUGAAUAUAUUUGAAAUAGAUUCGACUGAUUUUGUUGAAAACUUACUCACUCCAAAUACACGAGAUGCCCAAAUCUUUAAGUUACGCCAACGAGCGCUACAUGUGUUUCAAGAGACUAUACGUGUUAACACCUUUGUUGAAGUGGCAAAGCAGCAGUCUGCUGAUGCGGUACAUUUGAUGAAGCAACUAAUGAGGCAAUCCCACGAGAGCCUAAAAACGAUGUACGAAUGCUCGCACCCAAAUCUGGACAAAUUGGUUCAGAUUUCUGAUACACUGAACGUAGGCGCUAGAUUAACAGGAGCAGGAUGGGGAGGCUGCGUUGUCGCUCUUUGCGACGGAGUCAACCAAAGUGUGCAAUAUAUAAACUACUUGAAGAAAGCCUAUUACGCGAACCUGACGCAGGCUGAAGGGAAGAAUCUGGACGACAUAGUUUUUGCUACCAGCCCGCAACGCGGUGCUGAAAUAUAUAUGAUGGAUGCUGGACAGCAUUUCAUUGAAUAGAUUAUUUCGAAAAACAAAGUUGUUAGUUACCACAUAGCAAAAAGCUAGUUAUUAGUCUAUUGUUAUCACAAAUAUCGAUUCAUAUUAUUUGAAUAAAUAGUAUCUCAGGCAUUUGAA